UCACUCUCUCUCUCUCUACCCUUUACCGGCCCUGUGGUUCUCUCUAUCUCUUCAUCUCUAGUUCUGUCUCGUUCGCUACUUUGCUUCUCUUUACAAAUCUAAUCCGCUCCGAUUCGUCCUUGUCUACAUCCAUCACCCAUUGCAACCAUGAGCGACCAAGGAGAAAAAACUUGUCCCCUCUGUGCUGAAGAGAUGGACUUGACCGACCAGCAGUUGAAGCCUUGCAAGUGCGGUUAUGAGAUCUGCGUUUGGUGCUGGCAUCACAUAAUGGAAAUGGCUGAGAAAGAUGUGACAGAAGGGCGAUGUCCAGCAUGUCGUACGCCUUAUAACAAGGAAAAGAUUGUCGGAAUGACACCAAUGUGUGAAAGGUUCGUGGAGAAAAAAUCGAAGUCACAGAAGCCAAAAAAUAGAACAUCUGAAGGAAGGAAGCAACUUGGCAAUGUGCGAGUGAUUCAACGGAACCUUGUCUACAUUGUUGGGUUACCUCUUAAUUUAGCAGAUGAAGAUCUUCUCCAGCGAGAUGAAUAUUUUGGUCAGUAUGGAAAGGUGCUGAAGGUGUCUAUAUCUCGGACAGCAGCUGGUACCAUUCAACAAUGUGCAAACAAUACUUGUAGUGUAUAUAUUACUUAUUCCAAAGAGAAUGAAGCAGUUCGUUGUAUUCAGUAUGUACACGGAUUUGUCCUGGAGGGCAGAUCUUUGAGGGCUUGCUUUGGAACCACAAAAUAUUGUCAUGCAUGGCUUAGAAAUGUGCCCUGCAGCAAUUCUGAUUGUUUAUACUUGCAUGACAUUGGUUCUCAAGAGGAUAGCUUUACUAAAGAUGAAAUAAUAUCAGCUUACACAAGG